AUGAACAUUGUUGCACCUCGCCCAAAGAAGCCCUCAUCAUAUACCACUGCCAGUGACAUAUGGACAGAAGAAGACAACGAAGCUUGCCAAGAACUUCGACAAAUUCUUCUUGCUUCUCAUUCCACUAUGAUGGAAGAUCUUAAUAUCAUCCGUACUAGCAACCCUUUGCCUCAUGAUACUUGCUUUGUACCUAUUCAUCAAACUGUUUCUCACUUGUCUGUCACUGAUACCACCACCACCGCCAAACUCAAUCGUCCCAGAUCUUUCAGUGUUGGUGACUCUAGAAAUAAUUACAUCAGUCUUGUUCAUUAA